AUGUGUAUUGAUAAUCGGCAAUUGAACAAAGUGACAGUGAAGAACAAGUAUCAUCUUGCUCGCAUUGAUGAUUUGUUUGAUCAGCUUCAGGGUGCAUCUAUGUUCAUGAAGUUAAUAAAUGUGGUAUUCCAACCUUAUCUGGAUUUCUUUGUAGUAGUGUUCAUUGGUGAUAUAUUGGUGUACUCCAAGACCGAGGCAGAUCACGAUCGACAUUUGAGGAUUAGCUUCUCUACCAUUGCAUCUCUUUUGACUAGAUUGACUCGGCAGAGUGUGAGUUUCCAGUGGUUUUAUAAGUGCGAGGAGAGCUUUCAAAAUCAUAAAACCUUGUUGACGUCGGCUCUAGUUUUGACUUUAACCAGGGAGGGUGUGGACUUCACCCUGUAUUGUGAUGCUUCUAGAGUCAAAUUAGGUGGUGUUCUUAUGCAGAAAGGCAAGGUGAUUGACUAUGCCUCCAGACAAUUGAGGACCCAUGAGAGGAAUUACCCUACCCAUGACUUAGAGUUUGCAACUGUAGUGUUUGUGCUUAAGUUAUGGCUAGAUCAUCUGUAUGGGGUUCAUUGUGAGGCUUUCAUGGACCAUCAAAGUCUUCGGCAUAUCUUCAUUCAGAGAGAUUUGAACUUGAGGCAGCACAGAUGGCCUGAACUACUGAAGGACUAUGACUUCACCAUCUUAUAUCAUCCAGGGAAGGCCAAUGUGGUGGUCGUUGCUUUGAGUAGGAAGACUUUUAUCAUGGAAAGUCUUUCCGCUAUUAGUGUGGAGGAGAGACCAUUGACUAAAGAUGUUCAGAGAUUUGUAUGUGUUAGUUUGAUGAUGAGAUGCUGUCUCAUUCGAGACAAGUUAAGGAAAGGGGAAACCAAUGAGACUGUCCUUGAUUCUGAUGGUGUCUUGCGGAUUAGAGGCAAGAUUUAUGUGCCCAAGGUUGACCAAGUCCACCUAUUUGAUCUUGGUUCGGGUCAAGUUUAUGGCAGAAAAGCUUUGCAGCAUGGUUUGGGUACUCGGCUAGAGAUGAGUACAACUUUCCAUCUUCAGACAGAUGGUCUGUCUGAGCAAACGAUUCAAGUGUUGGAGGACAUGAUCCGAGCUUGUGCGUUGUAUGGAAGACAGUGUAGAUCUCCGAUCACAUGGUUUGAUUCAACUGAGAUGGAUUCAUUAGAUACAGACUUUCUUAGAGAUGCUAUGAAACAGCUUCGGAAGUACAUGCCGGAUGAGUCUCAUAUACUUUCCCUUGAUUCAGUUGAGCUGGGUCCAUACUUAUAUUUUGAGGAAGAGCUUGUAGCCAUUUUGGAUAGGCGGGUAUGGAAGCUUAGGACCAAAGAGAUUGCUUUAGUGAAAGUGCAGUGGAAGUAUCGUACAAUUGGUGAGGCCUCACUUUUGCGAAGGUCCUGUUGCUUAAACAACCUCCUCUUAAGCGAAGGAUCUGUCACUUAA